AUGUUGGACGAUGUGGAAAACAAACCUCACUCUCCCCUGGCAGGAGUCUACCGUGCCAGUAUCCCGUACUGGCGCAUGCUCACUGACCAGGCCGCCAUCACCCAGGAGGUCCUGGACUAUGACUACCCGGGGUCAGGCACCGAAGAAGACCCGUACUCCGUGUCGUGGAUUCCCAAUGACCCGCGCAACCCUAUGCAGUUCAGUACCGUGCGCAAGCUGUCCAUCACCCUGAUUGUCGCCUUCUCCACAAUGGUCGUCUCCCUGACGUCCUCCGCCUACAGCGGCAGCGUCGGAGAGGUGGUGGCGUACUUUGGCGUCAGUACCCAGGUUGCCACACUCGGGCUGUCCCUCUUCGUCUUGGGUUUCGCCGUGGGGCCCCUGCUGUGGGCUCCUUUGAGCGAGGUUGUCGGACGCCAGGUCCCAUUCUUCUGCAGCUUCUUCCUAAUGUCCGCCUUCUCCGCCGGCUGCGCAGGCGUCCAAAACAUCUGGUCCCUGCUGAUCCUGCGCUUCUUCGCCGGCGCCUUCGGGUCCUCCCCCAUAGCCAACGGCGGCGGCAGCAUCUCCGACAUGUACCCCGCGCGACAGCGAGGCCUAGCCCUAAGCCUCUACGCCGCGGCCCCGUACCUAGGCCCCGCCCUAGGCCCCAUCACAGGCGGCUUCCUCGGCAUGAACGCCGGCUGGCGCUGGGUCGAAGGCUUCCUCGCCGCCAGCGGCGCCCUCGUCUGGCUCCUCACAGCAGUCGGCGUGCCCGAGACCUACGCGCCGCUCCUCCUCCGCCGCCGCGCCGCCCGCCUCUCCCACCUAACCGGCAAAGUCUACAGCAGCAAAAUCGACAUCGACAAGCCCCGCCUCCCCUUCACCCGCCUCCUCGCCGUCUCCCUCUCCCGGCCCUGGGUCCUCCUCAUCCGCGAGCCCAUUGUCUCCCUCUUCGCAACCUACAUCGCCAUCGUCUACGGCACCCUCUACAUGCUCUUCGCCGCCUUCCCCAUCGUCUACGAGCAAACCCGCGGCUGGAACCCGGGCGUCGGCGGCCUCGCCUUCCUCGGCGUCAUGGUCGGCAUCAUCAUCGGCAUCCUGUGCACAAUCCCCGCAAACUUCCACUACAUGCGCGUCCAGGACGCCCACGGCGGCUUCGCACCCCCCGAAACCCGCCUCGUCCAGUGCAUGCCUGCUGCCAUCGCCAUCCCCAUCAGCCAGUUCUGGUUCGCCUGGACUAACCACCCCUCUAUCCACUGGUCCGUCAGCAUCAUCGGCACCGCGCCCUUCGGCUUCGGCCUCAUCCUCAUUUACCUGGGGGUCAUGAACUACCUGAUCGACUCGUACACGAUAUACGCGGCGUCGGUUUUGGCUGCGAAUGCCGUGCUGCGGUGUAUUUUUGGCGCGGUGUUCCCGAUCAUCGCGACGUAUAUGUAUGAUGGGCUGGGGAUUCAUUGGGCGCCGAGUAUUCCGGCGUUCUUGUCGCUGCUGUGUAUGCCAGCACCGUUCUUGUUCUAUAGGUAUGGGGCGGUUAUAAGAACCAGGUGUAAGUAUGCGGCUGAGUCGCAUCGGUAUUUAUUGAGGUUGAUGGAGGAUGCGGGGCAGCAGAAUAGUGCGCUGGGGGUGAAGUCUCCUGAACCUGUCGUUACGGAGGGAGAGAAAGGGGCGCGAGAUUGA